UACGAGACGAACGGUGAGAGUCAGCUGAAGCGAAGAUGGUGAGUAAAACGGAAGAGGACAGAGUGAACAGUUUGGAGGUUCAAGUGGACAAUGGAGGCGGCGGCGCGUGGGAAUAUCUAUCUCUUGUCCGGAAGCUCAAGCUCCGCCGAUCCGACAAGGUCUUGAAGCACGGUCUCGCCCUCCUUAAUGAUGACAAAGCUCGAUCUGCUCUUGGCACUGAAGAAUGGACAUUAUAUGAGCAGGUGGCUAUUGCUGCUAUGGACUCCCAAUGUCUUGAUGUGGCAAAGGAGAACAUUAAAGUUUUGAAGAAAAAGUUUCCAGGAAGCAAACGAGUUGGCAGGUUAGAAGCAAUGUUGCUUGAGGCCAGGGAAUUAUGGGAGGAGGCCGAAAAGGCUUACUCAAGCCUACUGGAGGAAAAUCCAUUUGAUCAGGUCAUACAAAAGAGGAGGGUAGCCAUGGCAAAGGCAGAAGGCAAUAUGUCAGGAGCAAUUGAAUUGCUAAAUAAGUAUCUCGAAAUAUUCAUGGCAGAUCACGAUGCUUGGAGGGAACUUGCGGAAAUGUAUGUCUCCCUACAAAUGUAUAAGCAGGCGGCUUUCUGCUAUGAGGAGCUCCUCUUAUCUCAACCAACAGUUCCUCUUUAUCACUUGGCUUAUGCUGAUGUGCUCUAUACAUUAGGUGGACUUGACAAUAUCCAGACGGCCAAGAAAUAUUACGCAACUACCAUAGACUUAACAGGUGGAAAGAAUACCAGAGCCCUUUUUGGUAUAUGCUUGUGUACAUCUGCCAUAGGGCAUCUGACUAAAGGACGGAGGCAGGAGGACAAAGACAAAUCAGAGCUGCAAUCUUUGUCCUUUAGGGCCCUGGAGAAAGAUUACAAUGAGAAAGCUUCUGAUAAACUUUCUCUUCUUGCUUCAACUUUGAGAAGUUUGAAGAUUUGAUCAUUUUUUUUUGCAUUUUUUAAAGCUUGUGUCUUUCAGAUGGUUUAUGCCCCUCAUCAGUUGCCUUAAAUAUUGAAAGCUGACCAUGUGUGCUGUCAGGUUUAAUCACUUAGAUGUUUCUCUUUUGUUGUCAACGUGGGAUUUAACAGAAGAUGUUUCAUAAAGCUGUACUAGAAGGGAAAACAAGGAAAAUAGUUUAUCAGAGAAUUUGGCUGUUUCACUUCAGUCUCUUUACCGGCUUUAUGACCAUUGCUUGUACAAGUGCAAGAGCUUGUAAACACCAUCUUUAUUGAAGAACCGUUUUGAUCCGUACCAAAAUUGAUAGAACUGAAAAAAUAUAAUACCAUACAUGAUUAAACGGAUUUUCUUACGUAGUAUAUUGUAUGUAGUUAUGUACAUCAUUGAUUCUUCUCUACAAAGGUCAAAGCCUCAAAGGUGGUGUUUGCGAUUUGUAAUAUAUAGCAAAUUAUAUCAUAGCAUAUACAACAUGUAGCUGAACAUUAAUUACUAGAGUAAUGUUGAUAUUGUCCACAUGGACCACAUUCACUUAGUUCGUCACAAGUAAUAAUUGUAUCGAAUCUUAUGAACUAUAACUCCGUUGAUUGUGAUGAAUAAUUUUACUUUAAAAUUGUCCCA